UGUUGCGUCUCUGCUAGGAUUAGUUUCCAACUACACAGCAUGUCUGAGAACAAGAAAAAGAACAGAGGGAAAAAGAAGGGUGAAAGACGUGGUAAAGGAAAGGGACGUAAACAAAAAGAUGGUCCUCCAAAGUUGAAGAAACUGAAGAACCAAACCCUUCUUGAAGGACAAAAGCUUUCACUGAAGUGUGAAGCAGUGGGGAAUUCCCAACCCACAUAUAAAUGGUUCAAAGAUGGAACAGAGAUAAAAAGAAACACAGCAAUCAGGAUAAAAAUGGGAAAAAAAAACUCAAGGCUUCAGAUAAGUAAGCUGAAGGUGGAAGAUGCUGGGGAAUAUGCAUGUGAGGCUGAGAAUUCAUUAGGCAAGGAUGUCUCAAAAACUACAGUCAGUGUGCAGGCUGCUGCUGCUACUACUACGCUCUCACCUGAAUCUGGUCACGCUCGAAGAUGCAAUGAGUCAGACAAAUCCUAUUGUGUUAAUGGCGGAGUGUGUUAUUACAUUGAUGGUAUUAAUGAACUUUCUUGCAAAUGCCAACCUGGAUUCUUCGGACAAAGAUGUUUGGAGUCUGAGCCCUUGAGAACAUAUAAACCCGAUCUAAAGCAUCUUGGAUUUGAAUUUAUGGAAGCUGAGGAAUUAUAUCAAAAGAGAGUCUUGACUAUUACUGGCAUUUGUGUUGCACUUCUUGUAGUUGGAAUUGUGUGUGUAGUGGCAUAUUGCAAAACCAAAAAACAAAGAAAAAAAAUGCACAGCCACUUGAGGCAAAAUCUUUGUGUAGAUCAUCAAAAUCGAAACCUUGCUAAUGGUCCGAACCAUCCUGGCCCUCUCCCGGAAGACAUUCAAAUGGUCGAUUACAUUUCGAAAAAUGUUCCAGUCGCUGAACAUGUGAGACGACAUGAAACGGAAACUUCAUUCUCUGCAAGCCAGCCAUCGUCUACGUCUCAACACUCUUCCACAGCUACUCACACGUCCAGUCAUAGACAUGGAAACAAUACAUGGAGUAUAGAGCAAUCCGACAGUGUUACUUCAGAAAUGCAUUCUGGAAUUAUGACUUCAUCUUUGGAAACUAGCAAGUGUAACAGUCCCAUGGAACCACGAGGCAGAUUAAGUGCAGUCUGCAGUUAUCAGGACACUAGACACCCGAUCUUCCAUUGCAGAGACUCAGUGGAUUCUCUCAGAGACUCACCUCAUAGUGACAGGUAUGUGUCUGCCCUCACCACGCCAGCCCGGUUAUCACCCGUUGAUUUACAUUACUCUCUCCCUUCCUAUGCACCUGGUUUUGAAUUGUCUCCACAUGGAUCUGCCCAUGCAACGUCAUUGCCUCCUGCAGUGGUGGGUUAUUUUGUGGAAGAUGAACAGCCUUUGUUGAGAAGAUACCACAAGCACCACCCAGACAACCUGAAGUACGACCUCUACAAACAGCGCCGCAGCUAUCUUCAUGACAGCUUUGGAAGUCUUCCCCCGAGUCCAGCAAGAAUGGUAGAAGAUGAUGAAUAUGAGACAACACAGGAGUACAUCCCAGCACUUGAUCAACCAAAGAAAAUGGCAAACAGCAGUAGAAGGUGGAGGAAAACAAAACCAAAUGGUCACAUUUCACACAGAGCUGAAUGCGACUGUGAUUCAAACUCAGAAAGCUGCUGUUCUGACACGGAUUCUGACAGUGAGAAAAUAGGAGAGCGUACACCUUUCUUAAACACUCAGAACCCACCAGUAGCAAACACAGAAACAGCUUCAGUAUUCUGGUCUUCUGAUAGCAGGACUUACUCAUCCAAUAGACACAAUGUGCGGGAGGACUUACACACCCGUGCAACGCGUGUAAAAUCAAAUCAAGACUCACUCCCUGUGUAAAUGCCAUAGAUCUGCAACUGUAAAAAUAUUUUAUUUUAUAUAAUUAUCAAAUAUUCUAAAAUUAAAUUAAACAUUUUAUUUUCAUUUUAGCAAAGUUGUCUUACAGCUAACAGGAAAGUCUUUUAUAGGGAAACAUGUAUUUAUAUGUAAAAUAUGAUUUACAGUUAAAACAAUGAUGGUGUGCCAAUUUUUCACAUCAUAAAUAGAAUAAUAUUGUGGUGCCUUUUGCUGUAUGCUGAUACCAGAUUUCCUGCUGAUGUUUCAGUUUUGUAGUAUUUCUAUUUUGGACUCAUUAUAAUUGUACACUUUUCAUAUUUUUUUUAUGUUUACCACAGACUCUUCUACAUUUGGACAGUUAUAUUUUUUUUAGUUCUGGGCACAGGCAUCUGUGUACCAUCUAUAUACUGAUUCCUGAAACAUCAAGUAAUGUUCUGGCUGAACUCAAUUCUUGAUCAGGAGGACAGAAUAUAAUAUUUUUUUUCUGACUCCUGUCAGAUUAUAAUUUUUUUUAUUUUUUAGAAGAAAUUGAUGAAAAUUAGAUUAAUGUUUUUAGUCUUUCUCAGCAUAUUAAUUUUUGUGGGGUAAGGUCCCUUAUCAUCAUAACAAGCAUUUUCUCUGCAUCCAUUUUACUGAAUUUUUAUGUUGGUGAAACACUCAAAAGUCAUUACAUGGCAUGACUUUCAGACAUCACUAAAGAGUCUGCAACAUUUGCAGUUAUUUGAGUUUACUUUGGGAGUUUUCUCCAGAUAAAAUAGAAAUGCACCAUGAAAAAAGACCACUUUCAUUUUAAUGUUAUUUUCAAGUAUACAGUAUUUAGAAAAUGGUCAGAUUGGAAACUGGAAAUUAAUAAGCAGCAACUUUGUGGUAUUUGUUUUCGAUGGAAUUUUUGCAACAUGUUUUUGCAUGUCUUUACCACUCCAAAUGGACUGAUGCAUGGGAAGCUAGGAAUGAAAGAUUUAACAUGUUUUUAAAUGAACUGCAUAACUUUUCAUUUAUUGUCCCUUUUAGUGCAGGUUUAUUAUGGGUUCUGCAAAUCUUUUAUUGGUACAUUUCAACUGUUUGCCAUGCAGGGCUGUGAAAUAUGGAAUUAGCAUUGUCCAUUUUGAAA